UAGGUGUCUCAGUUGAAAUUAUACCAACGGUCCUUUAAAAAUACAAGCAUCAAGAUGUUUCGAUUUCAAUGGGUAGGUGGAAUCUUACUGAUAUUAGUAGUAUCUGAAUUCCAACUAUCAAGGGCAUCUGUGUCAACUGUGGUUAGUUUAGCAGUAACAGCUUUAGAAACUACAAUAGAAAGAGCCAAUAAAGUUUCAGACUCUCUGAAAAAUGAUAAUGACAUUACACCUGGAGAUGUAAUUCUUAGCUUUAUGGAGACCAUCCCCGUAGUUGGAGAUAUAAUACGACUUUUUAAGGGACAAGAUGAAGAUGAAACUAAGGAAAUUAUGAAUAAGAUUUUAGCACAACUAACCACUUUAUCUCAGCUUCAGACAGAAACACUGGUUUUCCUUCAAAAUUUAGAUAACAAAAUUAAUUUGGUUGUUUUAAAAAACCAAAUUGCUACCUCCUCAAAAAUUAUCAACAGCUGCUAUACAGACCUUAUUCAUUUUCUAAAAAAUCCCUCGUCGUUAGCAGACACUGACAGAUUUCUGAAAUGCUAUUACAGUAUUAUGACAGAAGUACGACAUAUCGGGAGGAUCCUUGAAGAGAAGGAGUUUUCUCUGGAGUCCCCUAAACUUUUUUCUUACAUUAUUCAACAAGAUAAAUACUGCAAUGGCACUAAUAUCGUAAACACUUACAAGUACCUCUUUGGAUUGCACUUCCUAGGAUGCGAAACUGCUGUUUUGGCAGAGGCAGUUAAAUAUGGCAACACAUCAAGGACUUUUUCCACUGAAUGUCUAACUUCCAUCAAGAACAUCGAAAAACACAUGAUGAGCAUAUAUAGUGUAUGCACAAGAGAUACUUGUGAUCGUGUAAUUGGUGUACUAAAAUCAGUCAUCGGAUCGCAUUACAAUAAGCCCGUUGAAAGAAUAGCAGGAGAAAUCCUGGUUCGUCUACCCUGGUUUUUCUUUACUGUAUUCAAGUUUAACAGAAAUCCUGGUGGACAGAUGACAGGAAACUUUUUACCGUCAUAUGUAACAAUUCAUCAUGGACACACGUACUUUAUUAUCUUGUGGACUCCUUUCAACACGCUUUUAAAGUCUGAUGACACGACAGUAUCCUUUGUCCUUGAGUUUGAUGCCACUCAUUUUGACUCUGACUAUCGCGGCAUGCAUGUUAACCGAAAUAUCGCACGAAAGCCAGCUAUGGUGAUAGGACAUUUUAACAAUAACGUAACCAAAGUUUCCUACAGCAGAUGUACAAAAACGAGUAAAAUAACAUUAGCCCCUGAACCCGGUCACAUACUAAACGCAAAGAGCGACAGCGGCAAAAUAUCUUCAGUGAAUGUUGUUCUGGUACUUUCAAUUGCAGUAUUGCAUUUAUUUGAUAGGGUCAUAAACAUGAUCAGCUAAAAGAUACUGUUCAAUGUUUUCCUAAAGUCAGGCUAAUCAAUUUUAAGCAAAAGAUCGAUACUGCCGAAAGCCAUUGAUAUGCUGAAAUAUUUGUUUCGGUACAAUGCUAUUCCAUCACAUUCGUAUAUAUCAAUAUAGUCGUAAACUUGUCUUGCUUUUGAAUUAUCAACUUCUCCUGGCGCUCUAAUACCUAUUUGGUGUUCUGGGUGUAUUUUUUAGUUUUAUAAACAUUAUAUGGGACUUAUUUGGGUUUUAGAAUGAGUAUUUUUCUAGAGGGGUUGUUACCAAUACUAUUUUGUAGAUAGUUUUUCAAAUAUGUACCAAAAUUAUGUUAUGAAUAGAAUAAAAAAAAAAAAAAAAAAUUAUGCAUGAUAACUGGACAUUAUUGUAGAACGGUAAAAAGGCAUAAGAGAAGAAAAAUUGUAAUUAAUUUAACCAAAAGAAAAUAUAUUAAAAAAAAGUGUCCAAAACGUUGCCACAAAGGUACACAAAAUUGGCGAUGAUUUGAUAAAUUUUAAUUCAUUUCAUUUAAUCUCAAUAUAUACCUAACUCUAUAAAUUAAAACUGGACAAAAAUAUAUUUUCCACUUCAACAAUGAAUAGUGUUCCUUUCAAAUAAUUAUUAUUUUAUUUUAAAUUAUAUCCAUUUUCUAUUGAAUCAGAUGAUGGAAACAUUCCAUUACUUUUGGUGCUUCUAAUUUUUUUUUUAUAUAUUCAAUAACAGAUAUUUUUUGUAUGACAUUGUAGAGUUGAUACAUCAUGUACAAAAUUAUGUUCUGAGACUAUUAGUCCUAAAUAUGUUAACCUUUGUCAAAUGUAAUAAUUAGGUCUUUUCACUUGUUUGUGGAAAGACCUAUCGUAUUUGUUCAGUUUAUUAGGCCUUUCCACUUUUCUGUGGAAAGACCUAUUGAUUUUCUUUUGAUUGAUUUUUUUCUUUCUUUCUUGCAUAUACAUUUUGUUUCGCAAGAUGUCGCUUAGAUGUUUAGUAUAUGAUACUGCACAGUUAUUGGCCUUUAAAAAUGACCCUGCUGAACCGAAUACUUUUCUUUGUAGAAUUUAUCUCUCCCAACACUGUUUCCUUGUGAGUGCAUCUCCUCCGUAACCUUAAAAGACAGCAACAAAUUUAUUUCAUCAAAUUGCUCGUUAUAUCCUUAGGAUGUUUUGUUCAAUCUUGACCGAGCGAUACAAAGACUCCAUAUGAGAGUUAUUUCUCCUUCUGUAUAUGACAUAAGUAAUACAUUAAUGUAUAGCAUAAAUGGUAAAUGAUAGAGACCUAAGGAAUAUUGAUUUGGGUCCUUGGUUCACUAAAAUGAAAUUGAGGUCAAGGUCAAAGGUCAAGGUCAUAUUCUAAUUUUGACUUUACCUUGAUUCAUGAUCUUCUUUGUCACUUUUUAAGAUAUAUACAAAUCAAUGCAAAAUGUUUGCCUGUUUGCGAUGAAGAUAUGAUACAUUUGGUCUGAAACAAUCCAAUGACAUCUUAUAGGAGUUUGUGUCCCUGAAAUGAUUAAAUUUAAGGUUAAUUGAUUAUCUCUCCAACUUGGUGCAUGAUAAAGCCAUAGGGUCUUUUGCAAACUGUUGGUGACAUAUGACCUUGAAAAAUAUCAACAGGAAGUGACCUUAAGUAAACCGGAAGUAGCCAUUUUUGGAAAAGUACCUAGAAACUAUAAAUUUUUUAAAUAUGCAUAAAUCUUUCAUUUGAGACCGGAAGUGACCUUCACUAAAACGGAAGUACCUAAUACAAUGUAUCUCCCUUAUAACGGGCACAAGUAUGUAGAAACCAUAUAUUUUUGGAAUCAGUGUAAAUAAAGCUAUCAUGUGACAUUUUUUAAACCGAAAGUUAACAUCUAUCUCUCUUAUUUCAGGCAAAAAUAUGUGGUAACAUUUAUUUAUUGAAUCAGUAUGAAGAAACAUAUGCUUGGACGACAAUAGUAACUUUUAGUAAACCGGAAGUAGCUUCUCAUCAAUAAUUUAGAAAAUUGAUGUAGAAAGACCUUCGAGGAGAAUAGGUUUUUAAUUUUUAUUAUUUUUUUUUUCUUCUGCCAAAGUUUGAUUUUGCGGCCAAUUUUUGUUUCGCAAAAUUUAUUUAUAUUAUUGUACAGUUUAAGCGCUUUUAGAAUUAACCUCUUUUAGGCGAACAAUUUUCUUUGUGAGAGUUUCUUCCCAUUCACUGUUUAGCUUGUGUCUGCAUCUUCUUUGUAACAAAUAAAGAUAUGGACAAAAUUCUUUUUCUUAAUUGUUUGUUUCAUCCUCAGGAAUUUUUGACUGAUUUGGAUCGAAGCGAUCCGGUCGAAUCGUAUAGGAGUUAUCUAAUUUUGCCAAAUGAAUAUGUCGUUAUGUUUUUGUAACUCAUAAACCGUUAACCGUGUAAACCUAGAGUUUUUUUUUUAAGUUCUUGGGUCCUAACUUAGAAAAUGAGGUCAAUUUCAAAGGUCAAGGUAAUGUUCUCAAUUUUGACAUUUGCUUGUUUUUGCAUUUUCUCUGACACUUUAAAGUUAUAUUUAAAAGAAAUAAUGCAAACUAUUCACUUUAUUGUCAUGAAGAUAUGAUAUAUCAUUUGAACAUAUGAUGUGAAACAAUCUAAUGACAUCGUAUAGGAGUUAUUGCCCCUGAAAUGUUUUAAAAUAAGGUUAAUUGACUAUUACUUCAACUUGGUUCAUUAUAAAGCCUUUAAGUCUUUUGCAAAAGGUUGAGUUACAUAUGACCUUGAGAAAUGUCAACCGGAAGUGACCUUGAGUAAACCAGAAGUAGCUAUUUUUGCUCUUUUUUCAUAAAAGUACAUAGAAAUCAUAUGUUUUCUAAAUAGGCAUAUAAAUACCUAUCAUUUGAGACCAAAUGCACCCAUCAAUAAACCGGAAGUAGAAGAUUAUCUCCUUUUUUAGGGAAAAAUAUAUAAAGAAAUUUUUUUUUUCUAAGAAUGUGUGAAUAAAGCCAUCAAAGAAGAUCCGAAGUGACAUUUUCCGAAGCGGAAAUAGCAAAUUAUCUACAUUAUUUUAGACAAUUAUAUAUAGAAAACAUAUAUUUUUCAAUCAUUACACACAAACCUAUAAUUGGAAACCAAUCUUAACUGUGAGGAAACCGGAGGUACCUUUAUAUCAAAAACUUUGAAAAUUGAUGUUGAAAGACCUUCAAUUGUUCUCUGAACAAUUGGUUUUUAAUUGGUAUUGUUUUGUUUCUUGUUUCAAUUAUCAUUUUUAUUCCUACAAUGUAGCCGUAAAAUAAUCAAUUGUUUGCUUAUUUACUAAUUUUAAAAUUAUCAGUUCUCUCUUGAAAUGCUUGAUAAAAUGAUGACUAUUGUGUGAUUAUGUCUAACUUGCGUAAUAAGUCUUUUAAUAUUCUAAAAUAAUGUGAUUCCAUACACAUAUCUUAAUCAAAAUUGUUCAUCAAGACAAAAUUUAAAGCUGCUUGUUAGUUUCCCUUUGAAAUAGUUCACAUUGUUUCAUGUGUUUAUUACAUUACUUUUGGUGCUUCUUUCUCAAUUGAUUUUUUUUUAAUUCAAUGGCCUAAAAUCUUUCUGUAUGAAAUUUAUCGUAUGAUAUACAUAUCGUAAUUCAUUUUCAAAUGUUAUGUUGUAGUAUUGCAUAGUUUUUUAAAAUCACUUUCAUUACUUUAUAACUUUAUCAGAAACGUAGUUCUUUCUUUAUUAUUUAAAUCACUCUCAAUUAAAGAGUUUGUUAUGGUUAAAUAAAUCAAUGUAGUGGUAACUUCAAACUGUAAGUAUUACAAUGUACAUUCCAUCCAUUUUAUGACAGGGGUUUCAAGGACAGAUGUUGGUGUGUGUGACUUAGUAAAGAAAUUUGCUAAUAAAGCAAACAUUUUGUCUUUUC